AUGGAAGGAGAUAAAGAGCAUCCGUUGGUAAUCGGAAAAUUCAAAAAUCCUCAUGGUUUUAAAAAUAUUAAUAUGAAUAAUCUUGGGAUUCAAUAUGCAAAUAGCAAUAAAUCUUGGAUGACCAGUUUAAUUUUUAAAAACUGGGUUGAACGGUUAAAUUCCAAAAUGAGUGUGGAAAAUAGAAAGAUUUUGCUUCUUUUAGAUAAUGCGCCAGUUCACUAUUUUGAUGGCGAAUUCAGUAAUAUCGAAUUGUAUUUUCUUCCUCCAAAGACAACAUCUAAGAUUCAACCAAUUGAUCAAGGGAUUGUGCAUUCAUUUAAAUCGUGGUAUAAAAAAGGAAUGACUAGAAAUUUGAGUAUGGGAACAAAUAUAGGAACAUUGUCAUAUACAGAUGAACUUACCAAAUUCAAAUUAGUGAAUGCUCUACCUUUAAUUAUUGAGGCUUGA